UAUAAAAGCAGCUGCCAUGGCAAGGAAUGCAAGCCAAAUAACACAGAAAUGGCAGUUUCAUCACUUUCAUUCUCAUCGCCAACCUUAUCCAAAAAGUUGAAUCUGCCAUUAAAGCCUUGUUCUACAUGUUCUUGGCCAAGCAUCGUUGCAUCCUCGAAAGAUUCAUCGCUUAGAGAAGGAAAUUGCAAGAGAAGGUCAUUACUCAUAGGAGUUGGAGCAUCAAGCUUAUUGCCUACAAAACUUCUUUUGGCUCAAGAAAAACCAGCAAACUAUGAUACAUUUGUUGACUUAGAAGAUGGUUAUUCAUAUUACUAUCCCUCAGAUUGGAGGGAAUUUGAUUUCAGAGGACAUGAUUCUGCAUUCAAGGAUCGAUACUUGCAACUACAAAAUGUGAGACUUAGCUUCAUACCGACCGAUAAAACAGAUAUCCAUGACAUGGGUCCAAUAGAGAAGGUUGUAGCCAACUUGGUGAAACAUGUUUACUCGACACCGACUCAAGUCCCAGAUGUGUUCGAUAUGCAGGAGAGGACUACCGAUGGUAAAAACUACUAUACAUUUGAGUACACGCUAACCUCUCCAAACUUCUCCCGAGCAGCUUUUGCAACCAUAGCAGUUGGAAAUGGGAGAUAUUACACUCUAAUUGUUGGAGCAAAUGAACGAAGAUGGAGAAGAGUAAGAAACCAGCUUAAAGUGGUAGCAGACUCGUUCAAGGUGCUCGAUAUCUAAUUGCAGGACAUUGUCAGUAUAUUCGGUUUUUACAAGUACAAUGUACAAAGCAUAAAAUACUCUUAAAGCAGCAUAAUUUAUCAACCAGAUACCAUAUUCUAA